AUGAGGAUAAUAAAGAUUGAAAUUGACGGCUUCAAAUCCUACGGGCAAUAUCAAUGUCUUGAAGAUCUCGAUCCCGAAUUUAACGCCAUCACUGGACUGAAUGGCUCCGGAAAAUCAAAUGUUUUGGAUGCCAUUUGUUUCUUGUUGGGUAUCACAAAUUUAACUUGGAUUCGAGCUCAGAAUAACGAAGAUCUGGUCUUCAAGAAAGGUCAAGGAGGUGUUACGAAAGCCACAGUCACUAUAACCUUCGACAACAGUGAUCCAAAACACAAGCCAAUUGGAUUUGAGGAUCAAAACAUUUUGGUCGUUAAAAAACAGGUGGGUAAUAUUUUUUUCGUUUUUUUCAAUGUUUAGAAGAAGAAAAUUCUGGCUGAAAUGGAUGUCAAGGGAAGAUUAUAGCUUCAGCUUUCUACCAAUACCAAUUUCGUCCCAUUUUCAGAUUGUCCUCAACGGCAAAGUCACUUAUCAUAUUAACAAUGUAGUUGCGAAUGUGACCAAAGUCCAGAACCUCUUCAACACCUGUGCGAUGAAUGUGAAUAACCCUCACUUUUUGAUCAUGCAAGGUCGGGUCACCAAAGUGCUGAAUAUGACUCCGCGACAAGUUCUGUACAUGGUUGAGGAAGCAGCGGGAGUUCGAGUUUAUGAGGCAAAGAGGAAGAGUGCAAUGACAACUUUGGAGAAAAAGGAGGAGAAAAUGAGGGAGAUUAAUCGAGUAAGAGAUUGAAAUAGCUAAAAUAUGUUGUCUGCUUUAAGUAUGGGUUAUAUUUUAUAUCAUAUUUGCGAUUACCGAUGUCUGGGAGAUGAUUAUAUUACUUUAGAUGAGCUUGAUCUAGAAAUUGUUAGAAAUGGAUCUGAAUCGUCGAUUUUGCGAUUGAUUUUGGUGUCAGAGUAAUCAGUAUUAUGUCAUAACUUUUUUACAACGGUUUUUACCACAAUUUUUGGUGGUAAAUUAUACUAAAAUCUAAUUUUUAUCUAAAGUUUUGACCAUUUUUCCAAUUUUUUCAAUUCCAGAUAAUGGAAGAAGAACUCAGACCUCGAAUUAACAAGUUGAAUUCCGAAAAGGACCUCUACGAUGAAUUUGUAAGGUUGGGAAACGAUGAAGAACAGCAGAACCACUUGCUUCAUUGUAUUGAAUAUUACACGUGUGAGGUGAGUAAUUUUUUUAAUUUUUUUCCAAAUUUCUCUCUUGAAAUUUGAAUGUUUUGAUGUUUAGAGACUAGUCGAAAAAUGUAAUCGUCGGAUUGCCGAAAAAACGGAGGAAAACGAGCGCCGUGCCGAGAUGGUGGAGCAAAAGAAAAAUCAGAUAGCCGAAUUGCAAGGAGAACAACAGAACAUGGAGAGUGAUCUUCAAGUAAGUCAUUUUAUUGUUGCUAUUUGAAGUUUAGGUCAUGAAACGGCUAAGAGAAAAUAUUUUCAGCUGCUUGGUCAAGAAAGAGAUGAGCUGAAACGAGAAGUUGAGGAGAAGGCAUCAGGUCAAGUGGAAGCUCAAAGUAAGAAGAAAGCCAAAGAAGAGGAGGUGGAAGAUGUGAACCGAGAGAUCAAGAAGCUUGAACAGAACAUUAUCAUGGUAAAUUUUUUGGAUUUGAUUUGGAUUUUGAAAUUUUAGGACAAAAAAUCAUUAGAACAGAAGAAGACCAAGCUCACGAAGCUGGAAUCGAACACAGGAAAGGAAGUGGAGAUGUUCCAGAAAGCUGAAGCGGACAGAGAGAAAGCCAAAGCUGUUCUGGACGCAUUGGAUAAAGGAAUGACGGUUGGCGCGGAUGGAAAAGAAGCAUCUUUGGACCAGAUGAUCAUGGGUAAGAUGAGAUGGAAGGAGCUGGUUUUCUAAUUAAUUUGAGGGUAAAAUACAUGUUUGUGGACAUAUAAGGUCAUUUUGUUAAGUAUGCACCUGAUUAUAGAUGUUUUAACGGGGAAAAUUUAUAUUAUUUUAGAUGAUAUACCUAGUGUAAGGUAAAAUUUUGUCGAAAAAUUAUAAAAUUUGAUAUUCUUUUGCUGUAGAAUAAUAGAUCAAGUAUUUUUGAUGAUUUUUUAGUGCUGUUGAAGGCCUUUUUAGUCAUGAUUUAGAUUAUUUUUGUCUAGUGUAAUAUAAAUAAGUAAAAAAAUCUGAUGAAUUUUUCUUUGCAAUGAGCCUCAUUGGUCGUAAAAUGAAUUUUUAUGGUGUCCAAGGUCUUUUUCAGCAACAAAUUUGAUCGAUUUUUUCAAGUGUAAUAUAAUUUUUUUCUAAUUUUCAUAUUUUUGCAGAAAAAAGCACUGAAGUCAAUCGAAUGGAGACGGAAAAACAACGUGCGAAUAAUGUAAUCUCCGACCUUCGUCCAGCCAUAGUCGAAAAAUCCCGAGAGAUCAAGUCCUGUCCCCCACAAACAGCUCUCCUAGCCGAGAAAACCGAGCUGGAACGCCGAAAAGCGGCCUUAGAAGAGCGCCUAGCUGCCGUGAACUUGGACCCGGAGCGCUUCCGCAGAGACCGCGAUAAUGCCCAGAUGCUGAAAAACGAACACGAAGAGCUGAAACACAAAAUUCAAAAAUUGGACUGGGACUUUGCUUAUCUGUCUUUUAACUGUCCCAGAGGCGUGGUACAGCAAGACGAGGUGAUCGGCGUCCUGGGAAAACAAAUCAAGUUGAAGGACGAGCGAUUUGCAACGGCCAUUGAGACCGCUAUCGGUGGGAAUGUAAGGGUUUAGGGGGGUUUGGGAGAAGGACUAGGAUUAACCUAAAGUAAGGUCGAAAAGUGAUGAAAAUUGAAUGGAAAUGAAUUGAAAUGUGUUUGUAGCUUCUUCACGUUCCUUGUGGAGGAUGAAUGAUAUAUUUUUUGGGAGUUACUGCUUGAAAAAAAUCAUUCAAAAAAAAAAAAUAAGGAAAUUAACCUAUAAUAAGGUGAAAAAUUAAUGAAGAUGGUUUGAAAUAAGUUUAGAAUGUUUAAUAAUAUUUUUCAUAUUGAUUACAGAGGAUUUUGAACUUGUUUUGGAUUGCAUCACAGACGUCAAAGCUUGAGAAUAUCAAGAAAAAUCUAAAAUAAGGUCAAAAGUACCAAAAAAUUUUGAAAAAUGGGGUCCACACUCUGUGAAAUGUCUUCAGUAGUUUUUUUUACGUUUUAUUCAUACUGUUUCCACUGGAUGUAUAUUACAAUUGGCCUUAAAAGCAACAAUUUUUAUCAAAUCAGGGUACAGUGGUGGACCUGAUCCAGUGGCAAAAAACGUACCAUUUUGCAUCCGGGAAGUAUCAAAAAUGUGGCAAAAUGCUUCCCUCUCCAAGUGAAAAAACUCCGAUUUCAAAAGGGCACCCGCUCUUUUUGUGAGGGCGCAGUUCAAAACGGAGUUUUUUAGUUGGAGAGGGAAGCAUUUUGCCACAUUUUUGAUGCUUCCCGGAUGCAAAAUGAUUCGUUUUUUGCUACUGGAUCAGAUCCGUCUCUGUAAGGUCAAGAUCGAUAAAAAAUUUUGAAAAAUCAGGUCCACAGUCUGUAAAAUGCCUUGAAAAGUUGCCUUACGGUUCACAAAUACUGUUUCUGAUGGGUUUAUAUUAGAAUUGGCCCUAAAAGAAACAAUUUUUAUCAAAUGAGUCCAUAAUACAGUGGAGGACCUGACCCAGUGUCAAAAAACGUACCAUUUUGCAUCCGGGAAGUAUCAAAAAUGUGGCAAAAUGCUUCCCUCUCCAAGUGAAAAAAACUUUGUUUUUGAAGGGCGCGCCCUUUUUCCUCAUAAAAUGAGCGGGUUCGCUUUUGAAAUCUGAGUUUUUUCACUUGGAGAGGGAGGUAUUUUGCCACAUUUUUUGACACUUCCUGGACGCAAAAUGGUACGUUUUUUGCCACUGGAUCAGGUCCCCCCACUGUAAGGUGAAUAAGUCCCCAAAAUCAGGCCAAACCCCUUUAAUAUUGCCCGUAAAGGAUAUAAAACUACCGCAUAUUAGUCCUGCUUUAAUUCAGAUCAGCUCCGUGAUUGUGCGCUACAAAAACACGGCCAAAAACCUCCUGAAAUCGGGCCAGCUGGAACGCCGCGUGGUCUUCAUCCCGCUGGACGAUAUUCAGUCGCGCACGGUCGGGGACCGCCAAUACCAACGUGCCGUCCAGCUGGUGGGCGAGGGCCACGUAUAUCGCGCCAUCGACCUCGUGGAGUUCAGCCCGGACAUCCGGAAAGCGGUCGAAUUCGCGCUGGGCUCAAUGCUGAUCUGCACGGACAUGAAUCGCGCCAGAGAAGUGUGCUUUGAUCAUCAAGUGCACACGAGAGUAGUGACCCUGGACGGCGAAGACUUCCGCCCCGACGGUGUGUUGUCGGGCGGAGGCACAGGGAAUAAAGGACGAUGCCUGAGGGCGUUGAAUGAGUGUUUUGAGGGGAAUCGAAGAAUCCGAGAGAUUGAACAUGAAUUAAGGAGCAUUACGGGUGAGUUGGAGUAGAAUAGAGGCGGAAGUUUGGGUUGAAAAUGAUAUUUGGAAUGCUUUUUGGGAUUUUUUUGGGUCCCACCACGAAGAAGUUGAAGUGAGAAAAAAACAAAAGUGAUUUUUUGCAAGAGAAGGGUUGUAGAAUGCCGAUCAUAAAGUGGGAUCAUUAAAAAUGUUAUACUAGUUUGUUCGUAAAGCUGCUAGAGUGAUUUCUGCGACAUGCAAUGUGCAAAAAACAAGAAAUUUCACAAUGCAAGGUGAAUCUUUGUUUUUUUCACAGUGCAUGCCGCAGAAAUCACUCCAGCAGAUUUACGAACGACCUAGUAUAACAUUUUUAAUAAUCCCGGUUCAUGACCCGCUGAUUAGUAAAUGAUUUUGGGUCCCACCACGAAAACUUGAAAAUGCCAAAAAUUGCUUGCAAACGAAGAUUUAUGCCGUAAUUGGCUUUGGGGUGAGACCAGAGAGUCAAUAGAAGACCCAAAAAAAUGUUGGAGCAGUUUUUGAGAUUUUCAGGUUUUCGUGGUGAGACCUAAAAUUGUAAAAAAAGGCUGUAAUUGUCGCGGAAUUUGAAGUAUUUGAGCAUAUACGGAAUUUUUAUAUUGAUUUUUUAUUGAAUUUAUGAUAUUUUGGGUUUUUAAAAAGAAAAAAAAAGUUUUCGUGCUGGGAUCCAAGAUUAUCAGGAUUUUACAAAAUUUUUUGGAUUUUUUUUUUGAUUUUCACGCCUAAAAUCAUUCCAGCCUACCUCACUGAAUACGAUUCGAAGAGAAGACAGAAUGAAGGCGCCAUGGUUCAGCUGGAGGACCUCAAAGAAAAGAUUAACAUCAUCAACAUCACCCUUGAAAGCGAUAAACACGCCCGACUCCAGCGAGAGAUCGACGACGCCGAAGCCCGAAUCCAAGAGAGUGAGGCCAAAAUCCGAGAACUUGAACCGGUCCUAAACCAAUUGAAGGACGAAUUGAAGGAAUUACAGGAGAAAAAGAGGAAUGAAAAGAAGUAUCGAGAGGAGGAGCGAAGAAAGGCCGAAUUCAAGCUGAAAGAAGCGGAAACAAUCCUCAGAAAGAGAGACUCGGCCGGUGAUAAGAGAGUACAGGACCUGGAGGUGGCCAAGUAAGACGGUUUUUGGGGAUUUGAAACGAUUUUUUGAGAGAAAUUUGAGAUUUUUUGGAAAUUUUUGGGGGUUUGGCGAAAAAUGGGGAAAAAAGAAGAUUUUUUGGGUGAAAUAGGUUAGUUCGAGCAAAUGGAGGAUAGUGAAGUCUAUGAAGAAGAGGAUUCUUUGCGAUUGGAAGUGAUUUUUUGAGAGAAAUUUGAGAUUUUUUUGGAAAUUUUGGCGAUUUUUGGGGAAAAGGAGGGGGAAAGGCUUGAUUUUGAGGGAAAUUGGGUCAAAAUAAGAGUUAUUUUUAGAGUUGAUGGUCUAAAAAUGGGUAAUUUAGUAGGAGUUUGAUGAUUACAACGAUCAUCAAACUCGCACUAAAUUACCAACUUUCAGACCGUGAACUCUCAAAAUCACUCUUAUUUUGACUCUAUUUCUCUCAAAAUCAAGCUUUUCCCCACUUUUUUACCAAAAAUCGCCAAAAUUUCCAAAAAAACCUUAAAUUUCUCUCAAAAAAUCACUUCCAAUCGCAAAGAAUCCUCUUCUUCAUAGACAUUAAUAUUUUCCAUUAUCUCGAUCUAACGUAUUUUACCCAAGAAACACCUUCUUUCUCCCAAUUUCCGCCAAAAAAACCCAAAAAAAUUCGAAAAAUCUCAAAUUUCUCCCAAAAAGUCGUUUCAAAUAGAAGUACUUUUUUUGCAAAAAAAAAUUUCCAAAAAGUCUACAAUAAGCUAAUUUUUGAUCAAUUUGUGUUGUUAACCCCAUGUUUUGUCUUCAGGAAGGACGUGGAAGACACGGAGGCCGCGAUCCUCACCCAAACCGAGCAAAUCGCCCAGAAUCAGCGCGCCUUGGAGACCCUGAACCAGGAGCUGGAGGUCCUAAAACAAGCCCUCGAAUUCGCGGACGGAUUCGUCAAAGAGAUCGCCGACAACCUGAAAGCCAAGCAGAAGGAGGUCCGCGAAAAGGAAGCCGAAAUCCGAAGAGUUAUCGAACAAAUCGACGGCUGUAAGAAAGAAAUCCGAGAGCUGGAGCAGUCCGGAGCAAAUUUCAAACGAGAUGUGGAUGAUUUGAAGAAGAAGAGGAAUGAAGCUGAAGGGAGAGUAAGUUAAGAGGAGAUUGGAGGGGAUUUAGGGGUCAUAGAUGGGCUUGGACAUUAUUUUUGAUGACUUUUUGAGAGUUCGGACCUUAUUUUAGGUGUUUUUGAUGAUUUUUUGGGUAGUUAUGGGGUUGAGAAGCUUUUGAAGUAAGGGAAAUUAAAUUACAAGGCAUUAAAACAAGUUUGAGAGGGGUAAAAUGGCAUUUGAACCUUGUUUUCGAUGAUUUUUUGAGAGUUGGGACCUUAUUUUAGGUUAUUUUGAUGAUUUUUUGGAGAGUUAUGGGUUGUAGAAGCUUUUAAAAUAAAGGAAAUGAAGUUAGAAGGCAUUACAGAGGAUUUGAGAGGGGUUAGGUGGCAUUUGGACCUUAUUCUAGAUGAUUUUUUAAUGAUUUUUACCUUAGUUUAGGUAAGAAAAAAAUUUUUUUUGGUGGUUUAAGGGUUCGUUUGUAUCUGGGAUCUUGUUUAAUAGAGUGUAGAUUGAUUUACACGUUAUAUUUUUGCCGAAUUUCAAUGAUUUUAAAAAUUUUUAUGACCUUUUGUGGUUUUUGACCUUAUUUUAGGCAAUUUUUUAUGUUUUUUGCUGUUUUGAAGUCGAAAAAUUCGUUGGGGAUGAUGUAUAUAGCCUUACUGACUGAUUUACACUCCAUGUUUUAGGGUGCCGUCCUCAUGCGCACCCAUUCCUGGCUGGAGGAAGAGAAAAAACACUUCAACAAACCGGGCACGGAGUACGAUUUCCGCACCAAAACCGUCGAUUCGGUGCUCCGAGAGAUUGACCACAUCAAAACUCGACGAAAAGAACUCGAACAACGCGUCAACAUGAACGCCAUGAAGAAUUUGUCCGAACAGGAGGAGCAUGUCCUUGUUCUCGAGGGAAAACAUCAAAAUUUGCUGGCGGAACGCGAGCGCCUCCAAGAAAUGAUCUCGGAAAUUGACAGUGAAAAGGAACGCGAGCUUGUCCGAGCGUUCGAGACCAUCAGUGUGAAUUUUGGAGGCAUUUUUUCGACUCUGUUGCCCGGCGCAUGUGCAACGUUGAAACCGGUCGAUAGACAUGAUCUGGAAGCCGGAUUACAGGUGAGAGAGAUGGUGGAAGGAAGUUUAGAGAGUAAAGUGUAUGAUAGAAGGGAAAAGGGAGGAAAAUUUGAGGGGAAUGUAGGAGUUUCGACCUUAUUUUAGGUGAAAAUGGGUGAUUUUUAGGAAAUUUGUUGAGAAAAAAGAAUAGGAAGCUGGAUUGCACAUAAGAAUGAUAGUGGAAGAAAGUUUAGGGUGUAAAGUGUAUGAUGAAAGGAAAAAAGGAGGAAAAUUUGUGAGGAAUUUAGGAGUUUCGACCUUAUUUUAGGUGAAAACUGGUGAUUUUUAGGAAAUUAGUGGAUGGAUAAGGUUAGGAAGCCGAAUUACAGGUGAGAAGGAUGGUGGAAGGAAGUUUAGAGAGUAAAGCGUGUGAUGGAAGGGAAAAGGGAAAGAAAUUCGAGAGGAAUUUAGGAGUUUCGACCUUAUUUUAGGUGGAAAUGGGUGAUUUUUGGGAAAUUAGUGGAUGGAUAGGUUAGGAAGCCGUAUUAUGGGCGAAAAAGAUGGUGGAAGAAAGUUUAGAGAGUAAAGUAUGUGAUAGAAGGGAAGAGGGAGGAAACUUGACGAGAAAUUGCGGGUCCGGACCUUACUUUAGAUGAAAAUAGUUGAUUUUUGGGGAAAUUAAUGGAUAGACAAGAUUAGGACACUGGAUUGCACGGACAAUGGUGGACUUGAUCCAGUGGCAAAAAACGUACCAUUUUGCAUCCGGGAAGUAUCAAAAAAUGUAGCAAAAUACCUCCCUCUCCAUGUGAAAAACUUCGAAUUCAAAAGUGCGCCCUUGAGGGGAAAUGCGCGAUCUUCAAAACGGAGUUUUUUCACUUGGAAGGGGAGGUAUUUUGCCACAUUUUUUGAUACUUCCCGGAUGCAAAAUGGUACGUUUUUUUGUCACUGGAUCAGGUCCGUCACUGUAAUCCAGCCUCAUAGCCUUAUCUAUCCAUUAAUUUCCUCAAAAAUCACUUGUUUUCAUCUAAAGUAAGGUCCGGACCCACAAUUUCUCGUCAAGUUUCCUCCCUUCCCCCCUUAUCACACGCUUUACUCCCUAAACUUCCUUCUAACAUCUUUCUCACCUGUAAUCCGGCUUUAUAACCUUAUCCAUCCACUAAUUUCCGCAAAACGCACCCAUUUUCAUCUAAAAUAAGGUCUAAACUUCUAAAUUCCUCCCGAAUUUCUUUCCUUUUCCCCUCCUAGAAAAAAACCGACAGAUUUUUUUGCCUAAAAUAGGGUUGAAACAGAAGACUAACUGCUAAUUUCUCGUUGUUUCAGGUCAAAGUCGGUUUCAACGGUGUCUACAAGGAGAGUUUGGACGAAUUGUCGGGCGGUCAACGAAGUUUGGUAGCCUUGUCUCUAAUUUUGGCCAUGCUCAAGUGCAACCCCGCCCCAAUCUACAUUCUGGACGAGGUGGACGCCGCCCUCGACCUGAGCCACACCGCGAAUGUGGGCACAAUGAUCAAAAAGCACUUCAAAAACUCGCAAUUCAUCAUCGUCAGCCUGAAACAGGGCAUGUUCAACAACGCAAACAUCAUCUACAGAACGAGUUUCGUCAACGGCACCUCCAACAUCAAGCGCACCGAGAAUCGGAGCUAA